UCCGCGUGGUUCAGGGCGAGGCUGACGCAGAAGCCACGCGCCGCCGUCCAUCCCCCACAAGCCCUUGCAGGGCCCCCGGCAGCACCGCCGGACAAAAUGGCUGGAGCGGGUGGCGACGGCGAAGCCGUGGCUCCCAGGACGGAGAUCGUAAACAUGAAUGAUACACUACGAAGAAACAGGCAAGAAACUCUGAAUGAACUAAAUAUAUUUUUAGAAGAAAAUGAAGAAGAAGUUUCUUUAGAAGAACUUGAAGAAGACUUUGACAUUCUUGAGGAGGAAGAAAUAGAAACUAUAAGUGAAGAUGGUAGUUCAAAAGAAGCACAUGAUAACAUAAGACCGUCUCAAAAAGUAUCCCUCAGGAGUAUCUCAUCAAUGACAGAUCAAGAGAGGCUUGAUAUGAGGAUUAAGAAGUUUGGUAUAAUUACAAAUGAAGAAUUCAGAAAGUCACCAGGAACUUCUUGCUUUGGACUCAGUAUGUCAACUGAUAAAGAGAAUACUGAUAUGUUUUGGCUACCCGGUUAUCAACCUCUGCCACUUGACUCUCUACCUCCGUGUAAACUCCUGAUUGGCACUACAUGGUGCACUACUGUCUCACGAGGUUGGGCAGCAGCAGGAAGUGCAGCUCCUGUCAGCCCCACGGUCACAAGCAGAUUCAGCCCAUACUCCACAGUGUGCUGGGCUUCUGGCAUUUUGAGAAUACAGUCUGUUGGACCUGCCAGUAGAUAGUUGCCAGGUAGAAUAGCUAUCCUGAGAACACCAGUUUGGUUCCAAGGGUGGAAGGUUUUAAACCUCAUACAGAUUAAGCUUUCCCCGUGCAAAAGAAUUGCAGAAGCACAGAGAUUUCAGCUGCCUGCUUGAAUAGUGGGGGAGGAGGAGAUUGCCGAGCUGCCCCCAGAAACGCUGUGAGGUACCUGUGGCCAAUGUGGCGUGUUUUCAAGAUGAGAGAACUGAAAUGUGGAAGGAACGAAGUGGCUUUAUUGAAGCUUCCAGAACUACUGAAGAUCUGAGACGAGACUAGGAUUCUGCCUUCCAGGACAGUGACAGGAGAAUGAUGACACAAACCUCAUGGUCGUGGUAUCUCUGGGAAUCUGGUUUGCGCGGUGGAUAUAGAGAACUGGCGGUUGACUGAAGGGAGAUGAAGACGUGAAGAGCACUCAGGAAGGGGCGAGCCGGGGCACUCAGUUGAAGGUGAGAAUCAGAGUCAGGCUUUCCAGAAAAUCCCAGUACAAGACUUGUGUGUGUGUGUGUGUGUGUGUGUGUGUGUAUGUUUUGUAAUACCUAAUCAACAGCAUUUGGAGGUGGAAAAUGGGAAAGGGCUUGAGUAUGCUACUUAAGAAAUAUUUCAGAAAAUUAAAAUGGCAGAGGUGGGGAAUGUUAGUAACCAGGUGAAGGACAGAACAACUGAUUCCAAAAACAUAUUUGAGUCUGAUACAGGGUGUAUAAACUCAUAAAAGCUAAGAAGGAAAACAUGAAGGCUGUUUGAAUAUCAAUAAGUUAUCCCUUUUAAGCAAAAUUGAGUUUUUGUUAACCAGAUAAAAUAGCUUUAAAAUCAGUGUAAGUUCCCGAGCCUUUACCUGAUCUAAUUUUGUAUGUUAUAAAUACUUUUAUUUUACAACUCCAUAUGUAUAAACAGGUCCAAGAAUUGAGAAGCCUUUACAUUGUAAUAAUCCCACCUUUGUGAACUAAAGCAAGUCAAAGGCCAGUUUCAUCAACUAUGAAAUAAAGAGAUAAUGCCAAAUGUCUUCUAAGCUCUACCCCAACUUUCAAGCUCAAUUAUUCUAUGAAAAUUUUACUUAAUGCUUUCUCAAGCCCUGGUUGAAGUUGGUAAA